AUGAAGAAUUAUAAUGACAUGUCCAUUAUUACUAAAGAGGAUGGAACUGUUAUUAUUGACCCUGAUGAGAUUGAAGCUGAGGUGCUUCAGUUCUAUGGGAAGCUUAUGAGGGAGGGUCCCCAUGUGUCUAAUGAACAUAGAAGGAUGUUAGAAAUGCCAAUUACUGAGGAUGAAAUCACUCAUGCCCUUAAGAGCAUUGGUGAUCUCAAAGCCCCAGGCGUGGAUGGUUAUGAUGUCGGGUUUUUUAAAGAGACUUGA